UCCUGGGUUCCGCGCGGGGGUGGAGGGCCGGGGUCGGACUCCUGGGUUCCGCGCCGGGCUGUGAGGCUGAUCCGGGCUGGGCGGUGACGGAGCCCGGAACCGGCGGGAUGGGCUGCGGCCGCUGCGGGUUCGACUUGGGGCACGGGCCCCAGCACCUCAUGCGUUCUGGCAUUACCCUGAUCAUCCUGGGCCACUUGAACUUCAUCCUGGGGGCCCUCGUGCACGGCACCGUCCUGCGCCACGUGGCCAACCCUGAGCGCACGGUCACCUCCGAGUACACGACCGCCAACGUCAUCUCCGUCGGCUCCGGGCUGCUGAGCAUCACUGCUGGGAUUGUGGCCAUCUUGGUGUCCCAGAACCUCCUCAAGGCAGCCCUGCACUGGGCCUUGCUGUGCGUCUCGCUGCUGAACUGCCUGCUCUCCGCGGCCUGCAGCUUGGGCUUGGCCCUGGCCGUCUCCCUCACCGUCGCCAGCAGGGGGCGCCGCCUGAUCGUGGGAUGCAACAGCUCCGCCCUCCCAGCCGACGCCCGGGCUGCCAUAGCCACCAACGACUGCCCCUUCAACACCACCCGCAUCUACGACACGGCCCUGGCGCUCUGGUUCCCCUCCAUGGUGAUGGCUGCGGUCGAAGCGGCGCUUUCCGGCAGGUGCUGUGUGGUGUCCCUGAUCCUCCGCGGCAUCGGCCCCUGUGCAGACACCUACAUCCGCCAGCAGCUGGAGGCAGAGAUGGCAACAAAGGAGGUGGCAUCUGAGGACCGGCACAAGCAAGAGCUGUGCCAGCUGCUGGCUGUGGCGGACGGGGCCCCGGCCUAGGGGCAGAGGCGCUGCUCCAGGAACCCCCCGGCCACAUCGGCCGGGAGCGGGUGAGUGAAGUGCCCGUCAUGCUGAUGCAGCCCCAUGGGAGAGGCAGAACGCAGGGCCAGGAGGGAGGGGGCAGCUGCCCCUCCCAGCAGACUGUUCCUGGGGGAGCAGGCUCUCGGCUGCUGUGGCAGGGCCCUGCUGGUAUCAGGGCUCCCGCGGCUGUCCCCCUCGUGCCAGUCCUGCUGCUGCCAGCCCUCCUGGGGCUCUUCCCACCAUGCUGUGCUGCAUUCCCAGCCCCAUAGGGCCAUGGGGGAAGGGAUCCCACCAGAGACACCAGCGGGGAGGGCAGAGACAUCUGGACAGCCAGUGACCCCCCUGCAGGUGGGGCUGGCCUUUCUCAGCACCCCUCCCUCCAGCUCUUCCCCUCAGCCUCACUCCACACUUGCCCCUUAGCUCACCCCCUCCCACUCACACACCCAGCCACGGCAUGAACCGGCCCUCGCCCCGGCACGCUGCGGGUGUGCUCGGCCCCAGGCCCUGCCAAGCCUGUGGCGCCAGGACAGGCCACGGCUCUGGGGAUGUCCUGCACCUAGCACACGGGGCUUGCUGGCCCUCAGGCACCAUCCGAAUAAACAUGGUUAAUAAACUCUCA